GUCCGCGGCGCCACAGUCGAGUCGUUUUGUUGUCAUCAGCCACAUUUACAAUAAGUUGUUUUCAAAGGGUUUUUAUUAAAGAGAAUCUGCUUUAAUUUACUUUCAAAUUCUCUAUCGAUAUCGCGAAAAAAUUUCAAAAAUGUUUAUUAAGGGUAAACGUUGGUUGUGGUUGUAGCGAAUUAGGGUACGGCUGGUAAAAGUGACCACGAACUUAUCUUACAUUUUGAGGGGAUUGAAUUAAAGCUGAUUAAAUGGUGCUGACCAAUGCCAUGGAGAGAAGAAUAAAACUGAAAACAUUGAACAGCCACAUAACUUGUAAAAUAUGUAGAGGCUAUCUGAUAGACGCAACCACAGUUACCGAGUGCCUACACACGUUUUGUAAGAGCUGUUUAGUCAAACAUCUUGAGGAGAAACAUACUUGUCCAACAUGCCAAAUAGUCAUACAUCAAUCUCAUCCUCUACAAUACAUCAGCUUCGACAGAACAAUGCAGGAUAUUGUUUACAAAUUAGUUCCUGACCUUCAGGAGAAUGAAAUAAAAAGAGAAAGAGAAUUCUACAGAGCUAGAGGUUUGCCGUGUCCCAAAGACGUAUUACCUAAUGCAGGGGAGAUCGAAGAGGAAAAAACAUCUGCGGAUGCUCAUGCAGAAUCUGAUUAUCACAGAGCGGACGAGCAAGUCAAUGUUUGUUUGGAGUGUAUGAACUCGAGUCUGAAAGCUUUGAAACGACGUUACAUAAGGUGUUCUGCUCAAGCUACGAUAACUCACCUCAAGAAGUUUAUAGCCAAAAAGGUUCUGAAUGGAUUGGAGAAAUAUCGCGACAUCGAUAUUCUCUGUAACGACGAACUAUUAGGUAAGGACCACACGUUGAAGUUCGUGUACGUUACCAGAUGGAGGUUCAGGGACCCACCCUUGAGGCUACAAUAUCGACCACGAAUAGACAUUUAAGAACCCUGUUUCGUUCUUUCUUCCAUUUAUCCAUGUGGUUGAGAAGUAAUGAAAUUUCUCCAAAUCGAGCGAGAGUUUUCAUCCUCUCUUUCACAUUUGUAUUAUUCGCGUAGCACUUCCUGAUUUUUCAAAAUAUUUCUUUGUUGCACAUAAUUUUCAGUUAACACCUAAACCAAGAUUGAAAAUCUUGAAUUUCUUCCUGAGUCAAUUGCAUUCUACGGCAAUAUUUCAUGAAUUUACUUCCAAUGAACUAUUAUUUUUCUGUCAUCUUCGACUAAUUGUUGAAUGAUCCAAGCAGAAUUAACAUUUUUUGUUGACACUUUUCGUUAAAAAAAAAUCAUUCAAUAAGAAAAGUUUAUUGAGACAAACGAUUGAAUUCCUGGAUCUGAAAUCAUUCUAUUUGAAUUUACUACUUCGAUCGUUAUUCUUUCUGGGCGUACAAAAGUUAUUUAUUUACAAAACAAUCCCCAGUACAAGAUCAGCGAAACAAAAACGAUGAUCUAGUUUUAUUUAAUCAUCCGAUUGAUAUUAACAGAAAAAAUGCUAUCGAUGGUCAUCAAUAUUCAUUCAAAAACAGAGAAUUUGAGAGUAUCGAUGAAUCAAAAAGUUUCAGUACUUUACGUGUAAUUUCGUUGUACUUCAUGGCUGAUAUUUUUUUCAAUGUAAAAAUUUAAUCGAAUUUUUCUUUUCCUUCGUUUCCAUGAUCGCGUUAUCUAUCGUGAGAAAGAAAAAAUCAAUGAAUGGUAUUAUAUCGAUCGAUAAAAUCGAGCAUUGCAUCAGUGCAAUUAUUACUGUACAAGAGAAUCAUAAUAAUCAUAAAUUUGCGUUGUUUCUAUUUCAUUUGAAUAAUACUUCGGGGAAUUUGGUAUGUUGCAUUAGUAACGAGUUGUUUUAUUUUUUCCACAAUGGAAUAAUUGUGUAAUUAAGAAUUUAUGUAAACCUGUAAAUGUGGCUGGUGCAGGGAAACAGAAAAGUUAGUUCGUGGUUCAAGUCCGGACGGAAGCUCAGCAAAAAGAAAAUCAAAGUAACUCAAAGUUUAUUUCUCUGUAACAAAAAAAAGUCCCAAGAAGUUUGAUCUGCUUGGCAGAUAACGAUAUAUUUUUGGAUAUUUCAAAGAUUUUUCAUUUAAUAAAAAAUCAAAAACAGAAAAGGUACUUCAGGAUGCUUAACCUCCUGAACGAUUUCCGUUCUUUCGAUCAUUUCCAAAGCUGAGUCUGGACUUUUGGGACCUGGGCCUUUCAAAACUUUGUAUGUUUACACGCUGUAAAUAUUGCUAUCGUGAUCGUGAAAGUUCACUAGAAAAAAAAUCUCUUAGGUGAGGAAACGCGAAUUUUUUUUUCUCAUAGGAAAAUUGACGAUAUUUUCAAAAUAUUUUCUUCAACGAUAAAUUUAACGAAAAUAACGAACAAAAUUGUUGAUUUUUCAUUUCGAGUGCAUUUAAGAUGGAAAGAGUUUGAAAAAGAAACAAAAAAGUAAAUAUAUGAGACAGAAAAAAUAGACAACUGAGACUCGUGAACAACAAAACAAAACAGUUUUCAUCUUUCUAACGUUUAAUAACAAAAAGUGUGAUUGUAUAUAAUAGAGUAUUGAUAACGAUGACAGAAAACUAAAGAAAAAAAGGAAAAACAUAAAUUACAAGAUCAAUUUGAAAAAUGAAAAAAACAGUAGAAAGCAUACGAGAAACGUUAACGCUUGUACGUUGUACACUUAAUGCGUGUCACUAUAAAUUAUUGAAUAAAUAUGUUUUGUACAGUA